UCUAGCAUUAUAGCUUCGGCACCAAUUUACUGUCGGGAUGUCUUCUGGAGUGAUGCGAUGUGCUGGAUGUUUUAAGAAAAUCGAGAAUAAUCUGUUUUUGAGCUGCAGCAUCUGUAAACAAGCUUACGAUCUCCAUUGUGCUGAUGUGGCCGAGAAAUCAUUCUGCAAUGCCAUGUCACACGAGCAUCGUGCCGCAUGGAAGUGCCCCUUAUGUGUCAGUAAACAGCCUAAAACUGACAAUACUGAUACGCCAGUUCGUACUGUGACUCAAGGGGUUAUGACUCGUAGAGGAGCUGCCGCAGUCAGUCCAGUGGAUCAGCUCAACAUGUCUAUCGUGUCGGAUGCCCCUAUGCGCGGGGAUUUGGAUGAUAUAACGGACACACAGAUGCUGGCGCUCGAGAUACGUCGUUUCAGAGAAGAGUUGUCUGCAUCACGAAUCCAAAUGCAAUUACUCAAUGAGAAUAUGGCUAAGUUGUCGACAGGGCUGGAUAAUUGCAAUGCCCGCGUUGAUCGACUGUCUAUUCGUGUUGACAAUUUAGAACGUCAGAUCUGCGAGGGUAGCUCGAGUGCUACACCAUGUGAGGAUACGCUGAUGAAGGCUAUUGAGCAGCUUAAAGCAGAACUAAAUGAUCGGGACCAGGAACUCCUUCUCAAUGACAUUGAAAUAUCUGGUGUCCCGGAGCAGAAAGGUGAAAAUGUGACACAUGUUACACUAACGCUGGCAACUAAAUUAGGAAUUAAACUGUCUGAGGAGGAUGUGGUUAGUGCAUCACGAGUGGGGUCGGUGCUGAGGACCUCUGAUGGACCCACACACCAACUACGGCCCCGGCUUAUCGUGGUUCGGUUGGCCAGGCGUACUCUGCGUGAUCAGUUCCUUCACGAAGCCCGUAUACGCCGCGGUGCCACCACCGGGGACGCUGGCCUUCCUGGCCCAUCUUGUAGAUUCUAUGUAAAUGAGAGACUUACUAGAAUUAACCGUUAUGUGUUUCAUCAGGCCCGUGAUGUCGCUAAGCGGUGUGGUUGGAGGUUUGUUUGGACUAGAAACGGUAAAAUUUUUGUGCGUCAUAAUAAUGAAAAUGGUACUGUUCGUCACCGUAUCGGCUCAGUACUUGAUCUUGUGAGGGUUUUUGGACAGGACAAUGUUAGUUCAAUUAAAAUCUAGUAAUAAUACAAUUAUUGGUCAUUUUAGCAUUGAAUUAUUGUAUAGCUACUUGUUCUGUGCGGUGGCGGAGGGGGUUAAUAUUAAUAUUUUCAGGCCAUUUAUUUGUAUUAUUGACUGCCACAUAUUUAUAAAUUUACAAAUUUUGAUAUUAAGUUUUUAUGAUUUUUAUUACACAGUCAUAACAGGCCCUAAUAAACAAAUUAUAUGUACUUAUUAUAAUUAUGAAUUCAAUCGCUUUAAUCUACUUAGUACUAUUAUUGUAGUAGCUAAUAUUUUACCUCAUUAUAUACGCCGACUGUAUAAAUGCACCGUGAAAUGCUACAUGCUCGUAAUCAUUAUCUUACUAAUAUUUUAUUCGCCAAUUUCUUACAAAGUUAUAAUAACAUGUUU